AUGUUACAAGCGUCUUUACUUUUCGAUUUCACUAAUCAAUGCGGACAAUGUGAAGUGUCUGGUGAUGUUUUCCAUGAAUGGAGUAAACAAAACAUAUCUACAAUGCAAACGUAUGCAUCCAUUGAAUUACCCAGUUAUACAUAUGAAACCAAAAGAUUUGUUGUCUACUGUACAUUAAAUGAGAGUCUGAAUCGAAAUACAAUCAAAAUUCCUGCCAAAUUAGCUCGUGUCUUCACGAAGACUCCUGCUAUCGAAUCAUGUUCUUUCGUUCAUCAUCAUGAUCUGCAACCACCAACAUUAGAAACGGUUUCUAUACUAUUAAAAAGUACAUUGUAUGCUAAAUUAAUGAAGCUGAAUAGUUCACGUGAAAAAUUAGAAUUCCUAAGACUGAAAUAUCAUAUCGAAGACAUGAAAACUGUGAUACAUUCCCACGAUAUAUUAGAUUAUUCUUUAUGUGAGGUCCUAACAUGUUCACCAUUUUCUCAAGGGGUAAUAGACUUCAAUGAAACCCAAAUUAUAUUUGUUAGUAGCUCUGACAAGAAGAAUAAUCAACUAUGCGCAACACCGAAUAAUAUACCUAUUAAAGCACUUUCAUUGAGCAAAAGCCAAAAUACAAACUUAAUAGUUAAAUUGCAAUGCUUAAUGAAAUCGAUACCACGUGAAUUGAUGAUACCGACACCCUCUUCAACAGACGAUGAUUCAUUGUUUGCAUUUACAGAUGUUCAAACUUUUAUAAAUCUAAAUAUAACUAGUGGCUCAUUUGUCAAACUAUCUCAAAUUGUUGGUAAUAAUUACCAAGAAAAUGCUACGAGCUGUAUAGUCAGACUUUUUUUAUUAUUAGAACCGAAUGAUUUCAAAACAAAUAGAAUCAUAUACAUAUCUCCAAGAAUAUGCUCUAAUUUCCCAAAUGAUAACACUAUUAAGAUAACUCCAUAUGAUUCUUUUAAUAUAAAUAAAGUUCCCGUUGCAACAAAAGUUUCCAUUUCAAGAGUUGGAAGCUGGAAUAAUUCACAAAAAUUAUAUCAAAAUAUUAUAUUCAAUAACCUGAAAAUAUUUUUCUUAUCCAAGAAAAGAAUACUACAAAUAGGUGAUCUUUUGCCAAUUACAUUUGACUCAAACUUUGCACUUCUUUUAAAUGAUACCAAUGACGAUGAUCAUGACGACGAUGACGACGGUGACGAUGGCGCAGACAUUGACAAUGACGAUCAACAAGAAGUUGAUUCCUUAGUAUGGUUUCGUAUAGAAAACGUUGAAUUCCAAGAUUAUAAACCAGAUUCAACUAACGCGAAAGUUCAAUUCGUGAUUGAUCCUUUACAAACGAAAUUAUCUACUUCCAAGUUUAUUAAAUAUCCUAAAUUGCCACUAUCCAAAUAUGAAUAUAAACGUUUCUUCAAUUUACCAUCUAUUUUCCCAUAUGACCAAGGUUCAAUUUUCCCCUAUGCUAAACAGUUAAGCGAUAUCUUGGAGUCAUCAUUAUUUUAUGCAGAAAAAGAUAUCCCUAUGAAUAUUUCCAUAUUACUAUAUUCAAACCAUCCCAAUGUUGGUAAGAAAACUUUAGUAAAACAUACUGCCGAUUGGCUUGGUUUCCAUUUGUUAGAGAUUGAUUGCUCAUCAUUACCUUUAAAUAACGGUUCGUUAGAUUCAACCAAUAAAAUUCUAGGUUCAAUAAGAGCCAAAAUUGAGAACGUUUUAUCUUAUACUACAUCAACUAUAAUCACUCUAUCGAAUUUAGAAUAUAUCUUAUCUAAGACAGAUCCAAAUCAAGACCCAGAAUCUACCAAAUUAUCACAAACGAUGGAUCUCGGAAUUAAUGAAAUUAUAAACCAUUUCACUACUAAUUUCAAAGGUGUCGUGUUUAUAAUAAUAAUGAAUAAUAUUGAUAUUCUACCACAGAAUAUAAGAACGAAAUUGAAAUUUGAAUAUCUAAUCCCUGUUCCUAAUGAAGAUCAAAGACUUGCCAUCUUCCAAUGGUAUUUAACCCAAGAACAAUUAAAUAAUCAAAAAAAUAAAAAUUCCUAUAAAUUUAAACUCUCGAAUAAUGUCAACGUAUCCAAUUUGGCUCUUCAUUCAGCAAGUUUGACCCCAUUAGCUAUCAAAUCAAUUGUUCAAACUGCAAAAUAUAAAGCAUUGAAAGAUCGCCAAGAAGAAGAAAACACAGAUACUGGUAUGAUAAUGUGGGAUAACAAUUAUAUCUUUAUUACUAUGGAACACCUACAAUAUGCAAUGGAUCAAGCAAGAGAAGGAUUUUCAAUGUCAAUAGGAGCUCCAAAAAUUCCAAAGGUUACAUGGGAUGAUAUUGGUGGUGUUGAAUUAAUUAAAGAUGAAAUCAUGGAUACCAUAGAUAUGCCAUUACGUCAUCCUGAAUUAUUCGCAACAGGUAUGAAGAAAAGAAGUGGGAUCUUGUUUUAUGGACCACCUGGUACUGGGAAGACAUUAAUGGCAAAAGCCAUUGCAAGUAAUUUCUCAUUAAAUUUUUUCAGUGUUAAAGGUCCGGAACUUUUAAAUAUGUAUAUUGGUGAAUCUGAAGCCAAUGUUAGGAAAGUUUUCCAAAGAGCAAGAGAUGCUAAACCUUGUGUCAUCUUCUUCGAUGAAAUUGAUUCUGUAGCUCCAAAGAGAGGCAAUCAAGGUGAUUCUGGUGGUGUUAUGGAUAGAAUUGUUUCGCAAUUAUUAGCCGAAUUAGAUGGGAUGAGUACAGGUGAUGAUGGGAUAUUUAUUAUUGGUGCAACAAAUAGGCCAGAUUUAUUAGAUGAAGCAUUAUUAAGACCUGGCAGAUUCGAUAAAUUAUUAUAUCUUGGCGUACCUGAUACGAAUGAAAAACAAUUGAAUAUUUUAAAGGCAUUAACACGUAAAUUUACUUUACAUGAAAACGUCAAAUUACCUAUUUUAGCUGAUAAAUGUCCAUUUAAUUAUACAGGUGCCGAUUUCUAUGCUUUAUGUUCAGAUUCUAUGUUGAAUGCAAUGACAAGAAUUGCCUCUGAAAUAGAUGAAAAAGUGGAAACAUAUAAUAAAGAAAAUGGGAAAGGUAUAUCUAUACGGUAUUGGUUUGAUAAUGUAGCUACUGAAGAAGAUACAAAUGUAAUCGUUAACAUGGAAGAUUUCAUAAAGGCAAUUAAAGAGUUGAAACCUAGUGUUUCUCAAGAUGAAUUAGACCACUAUCUAAGUAUCAAGCAAAACUUUGAAGGAGCGUCGCCAUCUCCUUCUUAUUAA